AUGGAGUAUAACCCAUCAUCCCCCCAAUCGUUUGCCGCCUCUUAUGUCUCCAACCCCCGCUUCCAUCGCUCCUUCACCAUCGAGCCAACUUCUACCCAUGGCCCUCUCAAUGUGACUUACGGCGAGUACGGCCGCGAACCUAAUGAGAAUGGAACUACCCCGACACUCCUCCUUUUGCCGGGCAUGUUUUCAUCCCGGUACAUCGGAAUAUGUCUACACACGAUUGCCGAGAAAUGGGGCGUGCGCGUUUUAGUUGUUGAUCGUCCCGGAAUGGGAAAUUCCACUGAUGUGCCGUUAGCGCAGCGAGUCUCCACUUGGAUCGAGACUAUCCCACGGCUUUUAGCCCAUGUAGGCAUCCAGCAUGUUUCGUUGGCGUCGCAUAGUUCUGGUACUAUGUAUCUAUUUAACACCUUAUAUCACUGUCGGGAUAUUCUGUAUCCUGAGAAACCGAUGGUUACUCUGAUAGCGCCAUGGGUCGAUCCCGCCAAAUCAGGAACUACCUCCAUGAAAAUGGCCCAAUAUAUCCCCACUCCAGCCUUCAAGCUCUGGCAUCAUAUCCCACGUCUCUUUCUCGCCAAUGAUGGGUCUGCAACAGCGACGAGUGGAACGAUGAUUGACAAACUCACUGCUUCCUUUCCCUCAAAGAGCGGUGAUGACCAGGCAAAGAAUCGUCUCUACAUCGCGCAGAACUAUGGAUUAGACCUAGACCAGCAGAAGGAGAUAGACUCUUCCAUGAUGCAGUGUAUGUUCAAAGAGGACACAGUUGGCUCUAAUAGCGAGGCGCUCCAUUGUCUACGGAAGGAGCCUAACACUUGGGGCAAAUGUGAAGAUUACGAGGUCUUUGUGCGCGAGUUGGUCGAGCGUGAAAGAGGACGAGCUGGAGUGCCGUUGAAAGUUCAGGCAUUGUUCGCUGAGUCUGAUAGUAUGAUUGGCAAGAAGGGUCAAGCUUAUGUUGAGAGAUGUUGGCAUCAAGUGAAUGAUGGGGACUCGAGGGGUGUGGUUGAGUUUGAUUCGAGGGUAGUGUCCGGCACUGACCAUGAUAGCUUGGUACCCUGCGCGGAAGUGUGGGAGAGCAUUUUCAAGAAAAUGCAAGCAGCGGAUGGCCAUAGUUCAAUAUAG